AAUUUGACAGUUCGUUUUACAAAAUAUUCGUAAUACAUAUGAUUAAGCUCCACGCCGGUUUACUGCUAAUAUAGUUUUCUAAUUGCAAUUUAAUGUUAAAAAGUGUUUUAAGAACAAAUAAUAAUUUAAUUAAAUUAUUUCCAAAACACAAUUCCAAUAUGGCUGUAGGAAAAAGUUUAACAAGUAUUUUGUAUGAAUUAGAGAAAUUUGCACCAACUAGCUUGGCAGAGGAUUGGGACAAUGUGGGUCUUCUCAUAGAGCCCUAUAACAAAACCUGUAUUAAAAAUAUUUUGCUUACAAAUGAUUUAACUGAAUCCGUGAUGGAGGAAGCUGUGUCAAAAAAUACUGAUCUGAUAAUAUCUUAUCAUCCGCCAGUAUUCGCAUCUCUUAAACGUAUAACACAAAGUAAUUGGAAGGAACGCAUUGUUGCACGGUGUUUGAAGGAAUCUAUUGCAGUGUAUUCACCACAUACUUCGUGGGAUUCUGUAUCUGGCGGUGUAAAUGAUUGGUUAGCUUCAGCACUACCAGGCAAUAAUAUUAAGCCAAUAAAGCCAAAUCCAUGCCAACCAGAUUACGGUGCUGGACGCAUUUUUGACACGAAUGUAACCUUGGAGCAGGCAAUAUCCUGUGUACGUAACCAUAUCGGUACAGAUGUGCAUUUAAGUCUGGGCUUGGAACACAAUAAAGCAACAACUAUCAAAAAAGUAGCCGUUUGUGCUGGAUCUGGAGCUUCACUACUAAAAGGUGUAGAAGCAGAUUUAUACGUUACAGGCGAAAUGUCACAUCAUGAAUUGCUGGAUGCUAAUCACAAAAAGACUUCUGUCAUCUUGUGCAACCAUAGUAACUCUGAAAGAGGAUUUCUCCAAGUGUUCAAGGAACAAUUUAAUAAAAUUUUAAAUAAUGAAUGUGAAAUAUUUGUGUCGCAAAAGGAUAAAGAUCCUUUAAUUACAGUUAAAUAAAACUUACUUGUAUCUAA